AAAGUGAGGUUAAAGCAGGCUGCAAAAAAGUUCAGUCCCUGCACGAUCUUUGCGCUCCCGGAGAGAAGUGUGCAAAUUCGCAGUAUUCUGAACACGCAGAGGCUGGCACGCUGGCGAUCGGAAUUUCACGCUGAACAAAGGAUUGCUUCCGGUGAAGAAGAAAGCGUCGUGCAAAAGAGGUUUCUUGCAGCAUUUGCUCUGCUGCACUGCAUUCACGGUACGACAAAUACCAAAUUGUACGAAAAACAACGUUUUUGGGGGAAGAAGGAGUCGGAGACACAUUUUACUCCCCGGCCUACGAAGUGUGAAUUGUUCCAACUUUUCCAACCCACCCGAGCGAAGGUUCAGCCCCAUCAUCACAAAAUGGAACAAACCAUCAAAAAUCUGCUAGUGGCCGACAACGAUUUAAUACAGCAGGCCACGGCAGAAUUGAAGGAAGCUUUCAAGAAACCGGAAACCAUUCCCCAGCUGUGUGAAAUAUGCGUCACCAACACCGAUCCCCAGGUGCGGCAGUACGCGGCAAUGCUGCUGAAGAAGCAUCUGGGCAAGCUGCGAGCGUGGCGAGAGGUGCCGGCAGAAACGCAAGCCCUCAUCAAGAAGGGCAUGCUGGAGGCCAUCGUAAACGAGUCGGAAAAGUCGGUCCGAAACGCGAUCACCGGCUUUGUCGGAGUGCUGGUGAAGCAUGAGGCCGAAAAGGAGGACGGCUGGAUGGGCGAGGUGCUCAAGUUCAUGUUUGAAAGCACCAGCUCGAGCGAUCCGAAGCUGAGCGAACUCGGCUCGUCCGUGUUCAACACGCUGACCGAUGUGGCGCCGGAUCAGUUUAUGCCCCACAUCGAGAUGGUCUGCCAGCUGUUCUCAACCGCGCUCACGGCAACGGAGGCGAGCGGCAACAUGGCCACGCCGGUAAUCUACAACAUCCUGCUCGGCAUGUCCCAUCUGGUCCCGUUCAUUCCGGGACGGCAAGAGAUCGAACAGACCUACCAGGACUCGAUACCGUACGUGCUGAAGGCGCUCAGUGCCUUUGCCGAGCAGGACUCGUACAAGUUCAUCGAGGCGUUCGAUAUACUGGAGAAUUUGGCCGACGAGUCGUCUCGCACGCUGUCGCCUCACAUGAAGCUGCUGAUCGACUUCUGUCUGCAGAUGGCUGGCAACACCCAGCUAGACGACUCGGUACGCGUGAAAACGAUUACCUUCAUCGGGUGGCUGGUGCGGUUGAAGAAAAAAAUGAUCAUCAAGCAAAAGCUGGUGGAACCCAUCGUGAAUGCCCUGUUCACACUGAUGAGCGUAGCGCCCGACGUGGAGGACGAGGAUGAGGAGUACUUCGGCAGCAACGAGGUUUCGACGCCGAGCACCUGCGCUACCCAGUCGCUCGAUGUGCUGGCAUUGCACAUUCCGCCGAAGCAGCUGUUUCCGCCGCUCAUGGCACUGCUGGAACCGGCGCUGGCCGGUGAUAAUCCGCUCCCGAAGAAGGCGGCCUACCUAUCGAUCGCCGUCAUUGCCGAGGGCUGCUCCGAGCACAUCUGCAGCAAGUACCUGCGCGUACUGGUGGACGUGAUCAAGCGCGGCAUUACGGACGAGAACGUGAUGAUACGCAAUGCGGCGCUGUUUGCGCUUGGGCAGUUUUCGGAACACUUGCAGCCGGAAAUUUCGCAACAUGCGGACGAAAUUCUUCCCAUUCUGUUCGAGUUUCUGCAGCAGCUGUGCCUUCAGAUCCGAUCGGGCGGCAAGGAACCGCCCCACAUCGAUCGUGUGUUUUACGCGCUGGAAACGACGUGCGAGAACCUAGAGGACCAGGUGACGCCCUACCUGCCGAUGCUGAUGGAGCGUCUGUUCGAAUCGCUCGACACCCGUAACAGUGUCCAUCUGCGGGAGCUGUCGCUGACGACGAUUGCGGCCACGGCCAGCGCCGCCAAAGAGCACAUGCUGCCGUACUUUCCCCGGCUGAUCGACUGUUUGAAGCUGUACUUGGUGAAGACGGACGACGAGGACAUCUGCACGCUUCGCCCGCAGGCGAUCGACACGUUUGCGGCGUUGGUACGUACCAUCGGGAAGGACAACUUCCUGCCGCUGGCCGUGGACACGCUGAACAUGGGGCUGACGAUGAUGGACGAAUCGAACGAUCCGGAUCUGCGGCGCAGCUGCUACAAUCUGUUCGCCUCGAUGGCCUCGUCGGUGAAGGAGGACAUGUCGGGUUCGCUGAACAAGAUCGUCGAAACAAUGCUGGAGAGCGUGCGCAGCUCGGAGGGCAUCGUGCCGACGUUCAAAGAGGGCGCCGGGGACGAUAUGGCCAUCCUGGCGAACGGUGCAUUGGCAGGUACGAACGGUUCCGGCGACGGCGACGAUGAGGACGAAGAGUUCGACAUCGAAAACUCGGUCGGCGAUGAGGAAGAGGACGAGGAAGAUAUCGCCGGGUAUAGUAUCGAAAACGCGUACAUGGACGAAAAGGAGGAAGCGAUUCUGGCGCUGAUGGAGUUUGCCGAGCAUACGGGGCCCGCCUUUGCACCGUUCAUACAGACGGCGUUUGAGGAAAUCUACAAACUGUUGAACCACCCGAACGAGGACAUUCGGAAGGCGUCGAUCGACGCGGUCAAACAGUUUGUGGUGGCACUGCACCAGCUGGGCAACAUGGAGGGUGUCCACCAGACGAUCCUGAUUCUGAUACCGAAGCUGAGCGAAAUCAUCCGUACGGACGAGGAGCGCACGGUCGUCAUGUCGGCGCUGGAUGGGUUCAGCGACAUACUGCAGGAGGUCGGUGUGGCCACGUUCCAGGCCGACGGGCAGAAGGAUGCCGUGUUUAAUUGCAUUGUGGACGUGCUGAAUGGAAAGGUUGCCUGCCAGUUCGAUGAGCCGGUCGACGAGGAGCAGGAGGAGAGCGAGUACGACGAAGCCAUCCUCGAGUCGGCUGGUGACAUUUUGCCCAAGUUUGGCCGUGCCCUGCCGGCGGAAGAGUUUGCCGUUUACUUUGGACGCGUGUGGCCAUACUUUAUUCAGAAAAUUGAAAAAACCAAGCAAAAGGAUGAAACGAGCGACUCGCAGCGUGCCUUUGCGAUUGGCGUGCUGGCGGAAUGCUUUGAAGGUUUGAAGGAAUUCAACCGCAACUGGAUCGACACGCUGCUGCCCAUCUUUCUGUCGUGCGUACAGGACCGCAACAACGAGGUACGCAGCAACACGGUGUACGGACUGGGAGAGAUGGUGAAGCAUGGAAAGGAUUGCACUUUCGGUCACUAUCCACAAAUUAUGGCAGCACUCUCCCAGCUCGUAUCCAAAGAACAGCAUGCCGGCACACUGGACAACCUGUGCGGGGCCCUAGCACGACUCAUUAUUACCAACUGCAGUUUGGUGCCGCUGAAAAGUGUUCUCCCGGUGUUUGUGGAGUAUCUUCCAUUGCGUGAAGAUUUUACCGAAAAUUUGGCCGUGUUCCAGUGCCUUGAUUUGCUGUACAAGCAGGGCGACGAGAACCUAAUACCGGCGCUGUGCCGCAUUCUGGUGGUUGGUUUGCAGGUGCUUUGCAAGAAGGAGUAUGACACUGAAGAAUGCCGCGAGCUGGUGCACAAUCUGGUGAAACAGAUCAGCAAAGACUUCCCGGACAAGUUCGCCGAGGUGAUCCGCAGCAGCGCCGAGGCUGCCGAGUUUGUGCAAACGCUUUCGCUGCAGUAGAAAUUAGCGAAGCCGCAUUUCAUGCGCAAACUGUUCGUCACGUACAUCAAUCCAUAUCUCCUGCAUAAUACAUGCAUGAAACGGGAUAGUAGCAAGUAGAAAGGAAUCGAGAGAGGCAAGUGUUUUCACUAACCAGCAGGCAGUGCACGUGGGGAAGCGCA